AAUCGAAAAUAGCACGAAUUUUCAGCCCUAGCCGCGUUCGAAAUAUCCCCCAAUUUGUUUUUUUUUUCUUUUUUCCCUACAAAAUUUUCUUCGAAUUCUUUGCUCAGAUCCCUUCCUUAUUCCAGAUCGAUCUUCAAAUCAAUUGCCAAAAAAAAUAUGGGUUUCAAGCGCACUUUUGACGCUGAGGAUGUGCAAGAGCUGAAUGUCAAGCAUGCAAGACAGAUUAGUUAUUGCAAUAAGCUGGCCAAACUAGAUGAAGGAGUUUCAUAUCGUGUUUCACUGGAGAAGUCAGGUUUCGUAGCAGGAGAUGAUAUAAGUGAUCUAUAUGGGUAUAAAUGUGAGGAGAAGGGCUUUGAGAUCAAUGCGCCUUUCUCUUGGAUCACAACCGGUUUGUGCGAGGAGGAUACUCAGUCUGGAGCGACGACUCAGUCUACCCUUUCUCAUGAAUCUCCUGAGUCAGAUAUACCUUGGAGACCAGUUUGCUCAGAAGAAGAUGCUUAUUGGUGUCCGAGUUCUCCUAGAAAACCAGUACCAGUUGGGGCGGAUUACCAGGCUGAUAUUCCUGAAUGUGUCAAGGAAGAGGCAAGUGAUCACUCCGGUCAGGCUAUUGGUUAUGUUGGAAAACAAGUGACGGGGAAGUGCGUAAUUCCAAUGCCUGACAGUGAAACCGAGAUUUGCGAUAUUGGUAAAGGAAGAAAGGAAUGCAUGUGCCUGGACAAAGGUUCCAUCAGAUGUGUGCAGCAGCAUAUCAUGGAAAACAGGGAAGCCUUGUUUGAAACUAUUGGAUACGACAGAUGUCUGAAUAUAGGUCUUUGUGAAAUGGGGGAGGAAGUUGCCGGUAAACUAACUGAAGAUGAGGAAGAUCUGUUUCACGAGGUUGUUUACUCCAAUCCAGUUUCACUUGACCGGGAUUUCUGGAAACACCUUAAGUCUGCGUUUCCGUCAAGAAGCAUGAAGGAAAUUGUGAGCUAUUAUUUCAAUGUCUUUAUCCUGCGAAGACGAGCUAUCCAGAAUCGUUCGAAAAGGCUGGAUGUUGAUAGUGAUGAUGACGAGUGGCACGUAGAGUAUGACAACACCUUUUAUGGUGCUGAAACUCCAUCAGAUGAUAAAGCCGAAAAAAGCCUCUCAAGGGAUGAAGAAGAAGAAGAAGAGGUUAAUGUUAAUGAAGAUUCGAGCAUGUCCAAUGCAAUCUACUCCCGAUGUCAAGUUAGAAACAGAGAAGAAUCCAGCAUUGGUAACUACUGGCGCCACUGCAAUGAUCUUGUGGAUAACUCAUAUUCAUUUGAUCCUUGUGAUUCGAUACUACCAGAUCAUUGUUGGACUAAGAGCAUUGAUCUGCUUCCAACUUCAAACAUCAUCGACGAGAUCUUUGGUCAAGACCCAUGGGAUGAUUUUUCCAGAGGGAAGUAAAUGAAGAACGAUCUCCAUUCUCCAUUCUUACUCUGCUCUCAAGUUCUGAAUCUUGUGUAUGUAAAAUGCAUUAUUUAAGGAAAUCUCAAGUUGGAAGUUUUCAGUGAGUCCUGUAUAGUUUAUGGCCCUGGAAGCUCUGUGUUUUUGAUACUUUUAGGUUUUUUUUUUUAUUACCUUUGCAAAUCAGAAUUAGAUUUCGUUGUAAGAAGAAGAAAAAAUCUUCAAACUGUUUAAUAAACUAACAUUUUGUUCAUAUUUUUAACA